AUAACGUGAGAAAACGCCGAGUAGCCGUCGGCAGCCGAUCGAUUGAUUGGUCGCAAAAACGAAACAACGGCGUCGACCUGAGAGGAGGAACACGCAACGGACGAAUUGAAAAUAAAAAAAAAAAUAUAAACAACAAAUCGUUGCCGUCAACGUGAUUGUUCGCACAGUGUACGUCUCCUUCGUAACUAGUCCCGAUCCGCGUUUCUGAAUUUCUGUCGAUCGUCUCCGUUCAGCGGGUACGCGCCGUGCCGUAACUAUUAUUUUUUUUUUCUUCGCCCCGUUCGCAGUUGUUUCGUUACUUGUUCAAGCCAGUUAGCCGUCGUUUCGCUCGCCCUCCGUCCAUCAUGAUCGGCGGACUCUUCAUGUACAACCACAAAGGCGAGGUGCUCAUAUCGCGCGUGUACCGUGACGACAUCGGCCGCAACGCCGUGGAUGCGUUCCGUGUGAAUGUCAUACACGCGCGUCAGCAGGUCCGCUCUCCCGUCACAAACAUCGCGCGCACCUCGUUCUUCCACAUCCGCCGCGCCAACAUCUGGCUGGCCGCCGUCACCAAGCAAAACGUCAACGGCGCCAUGGUGUUCGAGUUCCUCAUCCGGUUCACGCAGGUCAUGCAAUCGUACUUCGGCAAGAUCAAUGAGGAGAACAUCAAGAACAACUUUGUGCUCAUCUACGAGCUGCUGGACGAAAUACUGGACUUUGGCUACCCGCAGAACUGCGAUACGGGUGUGCUCAAGACGUUCAUCACGCAGACGGGCGUCAAGUCGCAGAGCAAGGAGGAGCAAAUGCAGAUCACGUCCCAGGUCACUGGCCAGAUCGGCUGGCGCCGCGAGGGCAUCAAGUACAGACGCAACGAACUGUUCCUCGACGUACUCGAGUAUGUUAACCUACUCAUGUCGCCUCAAGGUCAAGUGUUGUCAGCUCAUGUGGCCGGCCGUAUACUCAUGAAAUCCUACCUAAGCGGCAUGCCUGAAUGCAAGUUUGGCAUUAACGAUAAAAUAGUCAUGGAAUCCAAGGGCACCAAGAUAAUGGACGAUACAGGUUCAAGAACGGCUUCCGGAAAACCUGUUGUUGUCAUCGAUGACUGUCAAUUCCAUCAAUGCGUAAAACUUUCAAAGUUCGAAACUGAACAUUCCAUUAGCUUCAUUCCACCUGAUGGUGAAUUCGAACUGAUGCGUUACCGUACUACCAAAGACAUAUCACUGCCAUUCAGAGUUAUACCUCUUGUGCGUGAAGUAGGUCGUACACGUAUGGAAGUUAAAGCCGUUUUAAAAUCCAAUUUCAAGCCAUCAUUGCUAGGUCAGAAAAUCGAAGUGAAAAUACCAACCCCUUUAAACACUGCUGGUGUCCAAUUGUUGUGUUUGAAAGGCAAAGCCAAGUACAAGGCUUCAGAUAAUGCGAUUGUGUGGAAAAUUAAAAGAAUGGCAGGUAUGAAAGAAACACAAUUAUCAGCUGAAAUUGAUCUUUUGGAGACUGACACUAAAAAGAAAUGGACUAGACCUCCUAUAUCCAUGAAUUUUGAGGUACCAUUUGCACCAUCUGGAUUCAAAGUUAGGUAUUUAAAAGUAUUCGAACCAAAAUUGAAUUAUUCUGAUCAUGAUGUUGUCAAAUGGGUUCGUUAUAUUGGGCGCAGUGGAUUAUAUGAAACUAGAUGUUAAGCGAUUAAUACUAUUAUAUUUAUUUAACCAUUUUCCAAUUUACCACUAUUAUUUACAUAACCAAAACUCUAAAAUUUAAU